UCCGGAGUACAAUGACGAGGGCAGGAUCUGGCCCCACCCCGGGGAGCAGGGAGCUGUGAGGAAAGUUUAUCACACGCACACACAGCGACUUCUGGAACACAUCUUACCUGAGCGUCGCCUGAGCCGCAGGAAGCAGUGUGUCACUAUAGAGUAAUGGGCUACUUGCAGUAUUACUUCUCGCUCCUCAUAAUCACUUUUCAAAUGCUGGAACUUCCUGGUGCGACAACAGAGAUGAUAUUCCACGUACGUGAGGAGCAAGAAGAAGGGACCUUCGUUGGAAAUUUAAGGAAUGGUCUAAUAUCGCCAACAGCACUGAAAUUCACCCUCCUGUCCCACAACAUCUAUUUCCACCUGGAUGCCCAAAGCGGGAAUUUAUAUACAACAUCAAACAAACUUGACCGAGAAUCGAUAUGCCCAUUUCAGACCUUAGACCACUGCUCUAUGAUGCUAGAUGUCUUUAUUUCAUCACAGGACUAUUCAGAGUUUACCAAAGUAAACCUUUUCAUUCUGGAUAUCAAUGACAAUUCUCCCUAUUUUUCAGAGCAGACCUACCAUAUUUCCAUUUCAGAAGAUGCAAUCAUUGGAACCAAAUUUCCUAUUGACAUCUCAGCCAAAGACACAGAUAUAGAGGACAAUGGGGUACUGUCUUAUCUCCUGAUAAGUCCAGAUAACAUUUUUACUCUAGAUCACCAGUCUGAACUAAUUUCAUUAGUGGUGCUCAAGCCUUUGGAUCGUGAAUCACAAAGUGAGUACCGGAUGACUUUGCUUGCCGUGGAUCGAGGAUUACCGCCAUUAUCUGGCAGCGCUACUCUUGUUGUACAAGUCACUGAUGUGAACGAUAACUGCCCUGUGUUUCUUUCAAACAUAAUUACUAUAAGUCUUCCCAGGAACACGUCUGUUGGCUCCCCAGUGGUACAGCUUGUAGCCGUGGAUGAAGAUAUUGGUGAGAAUAGUGUCAUUCAAUAUUUCUAUAGCAACCGAGUUCCAAAAUCGACCAUGCAACUUUUCAGUUUAGAUAGUGCCACUGGGCUGAUAACAUUGUCUGCGUCUUUAUAUGAAGAGAUAACCCAGUAUAAAUUUACCGUGCUAGCAAUCGGACAUGGUUGCCUACCAGUGGUGGCUACCAUAACAAUAAAUCUAGAAAAAAUUAGAAAAGAGCCUAAAAUGGAAUUUCGAUUCAUCGCAUCCCAAAAUGAAGGUGGUGUCUCAAUCAGGGAAGAUGUUCCACCUGGCACUAUCAUUGCUAUCUUAGAGGUUACAGACCCCGAUUACAGCAUUGUGCGACCUCUUUUCAUAAAUGGAACCUCACCUUUCUUGCUGAAGCCUUCUGAAGGAUCUCCCAACACCUACCUGUUAUCGACAUCCACAGAAUUGGACUUUGAGUUAAAACAGCAGUAUGACAUUAGCAUAAUGGGACAUUCCAAUGUUGAUGAAUCAUUUGUGUAUAGGGAAGCUCUCAGGGUAACGAUUGAAGAUGUAAAUGACAAUUUCCCGAAAUUCUCAAAAGAUCUGGUAGAAAUUUAUGUUGAAGAAAAUAAUAAGCCUGGAGACGUUUUGCUGAAGCUUUCUGCUUCCGAUGAAGACAGUGGGUCUAAUGGAAAUAUAAGUUACUACUUAGUAGAUGGGUAUCCUGAAGUGUUUUCGGUUGACAGGUCAAGUGGAAUUCUCAAAGCAAAUGUGCCUUUUGACAGGGAAAAAGAACCCAUUUAUUCAGUGUGGAUUGUAGCAAGAGACAAUGGUUUGCCAUCAAAUAAUGAUUCUUGCCUAGUUCUUAUAAACAUCUUAGAUCAAAAUGACAACAUACCAACAUUUGCAUCUAAGGAGUUUACAUUUUAUAUCCCAGAGAAUCUUCUCCAGCGAGGAGAGGUUGGAAUCAUCAAUGUGACCGAUGCAGACGUUGGUUUGAAUGGCGACUUUUCUGUGUUCCUGAUAAAUACCACCAAACUAUUUUCCGUUGACCAAGAUUACAUACUAAGAUCUGAGGGUCCCUUCGACUAUGAAAAAGAAUCUAUGUAUGAACUUUGGGUGGGGGCCAGAGACAAGGGAAGUCCACCCUUGUCCUCCAAAGCCAAAGUUCUUGUCUAUAUACUGGACGUGAAUGACAAUGCCCCUUUGAUAGUUCUACCAGAGUCCAACUUUUCUUACGUAUUAGUGUCACCAGAUACUUCAAAGGGUUCGUCUGUCACCAAAGUCCAUGCAGUUGAUUAUGAUGCUGGCAUGAAUGGGGUCAUAAGAUAUAGUGAAUUUGGUGAGGGAAGUCCUAACGUUGACCUCUUUAUGAUUGACACCUACACCGGUAACAUCACGUUGAGAGAAAGUACAAGUGGUCAUCACUGUGGACUUUAUCAACUCUUAGUUAAAGCCAGCGACCAGGGGUAUCCCGAGGCCCUUUCUACUAUUGUAAGAGUUAAUAUCCUUCUCAAUCACAGCAUAAGCAACAGAAGUUACCUGGAAUCAUUGAUCAUGAGCAAGACGACCAUGACACAGGAGAACCAAGUCAUUGUGCUGGGUCCAUGCCCGCAGAACCGGCAAUCCAUGGCCUCUUUCUCAUGGCCUCUGACUACCCCAUUUACCCUUGCUAUAGUGUCGAUUUGCGUGGUGUGCUGCAUGACAGGUACCUUCCUAUUCUUGUGUUUGAGGAGACGAAAUUCUAAAAAAGUGAAGAGUCCUGUACAAAUUCCUUUACAACUUACUGAUGAUUACUGUGCAAAAGACUGGGACGAGGUGAAGUACUGUAAAUCAUCUUCUGAAAGGCCUUUGACACUAUAGGGAACCCAGCCAAGAUAUUGCUGCAGAUGCAUGCUAGCAAUGGUUUAUUUCUUUAAGAGAUGAUUUGUUGUAAAAAUCACAUUAUUCCUAGCCCUAUUUAAGGGCCCCUUUUUCAAAAAUUUGUUUUCUAUAAAGACUUCUAUUUAAAGACUUUUCUGAAUGUAUUUUCAUGGCCUUUCUUUUUCAUGAACCGGUUGCUACAUGUCAUUGUGAUUGACCUCUAUCUAUGGUCUCAUAGAACAGAGAACCAGUGGUGGAUUGAGGGAGGUGGGGGCCAUUGCGCCCGAUAGUACACCUGUGCCAGGGAAUGAUGGAACCAUUGGCAGACAACUCCAUCACUCCUGCAGCGGCCUUCAGGUUCAGUGGCAUGGGUCGCACUACUCCGCCAGGAAAAGGGGUGUUUGUUAUAAGUGGGCAAUGGCCCCUUUGGUUCUAUCAUGGUCAGAUUAAGGACCACAUGGGACUGAAGCUGAGAAUUAUUGAACCAUAUAUGAAUCAAAAUAACUUGCAACAGUGUCUUUUGGGGGUUUUUUUGGGCAAAGGUAUCAAGUAUAUGUAUAUGUCUAGUAAGUAGUAACAUAUUACUACAGUAUUUUGGACAAUUUUGGAAUGAAAGUGAUGAUUUGACAAUGAAAGGAGCACUGUGGUGUAAUAUAUGAUGAUACCUAUAUUACACCACUGAGGUAAUAUGGAAAGAUAAAGUCUUGUAAUUGUAACUCUUUUUUAUUACUACCUAAGUCACAUGUAUUGUACUAAGAAUAAAACUGAGAAUGACCAAAGUUGGCACUACCACCAAAGCACCGCUCUGUAGAAUGUCUGUAAGUUACCUCCCCUGCCAUGUUAUACUGUAGCGUAUAGUUUUUGCUCUAGUAUAUUUAUAUUAUGACUUCUGGCAGUAUGAUCUGACUUUUUUUCAAAACUCAAGAUUGGGGUAUCCGUGCUUUAGAUCGACCUCACUUGGGUCGGAAGGCAUUAGGUCAACCACUAUUGUUGGACAUGCAUUAGUUCAACAUGGUCAGUAGGUCUGCCUGGUCCGUAGAUCGACAUGGCAAAGGUUGACACAUGAAAAGGUCGACAUGAGUUUUCAAAAUUAUUUCCCAUUUCUUAAAGUUUUUCUUACCUUACUAUCCAUGUGGACUACGAUUGGGAAUAGUAACUUGCCCGAAGCAUGGUGAGCGAAGAGAGCCACGCGAGGGGACACGGUGCACUAUUUGGGGUUUCCAGUGCUUUUACGAAGAAAAUGACACCAAAUAAACUCCAAAAACCUAUGUCGACCUUUUCCGUGUCAACCUUGUGACCGUGUCAACCUAUUCCAGGAGUCGACCUAGUCACUGUCAACCAAUAGUGGUCAACCUAGGUAGGGUCACCCCAAUGAUCCGCACCCCAACGUUCCUAUGCGGCAAUGAAUGGGCAUAUACAUAACACCUUGUUGCUAAUAAAGCUGAAAUAAUGUAUAUUUUAAUAGAAGAAAGAUUAAAGUAGAGAACAGGAAGCUUUAAUUUGUUUACUAUGACAUAAAGCAAAAUCUUCAAAUUAUAUGAAGUGCUUUCAUAUCCAAUUAUUGCUAAUUACAGCACAAUAAAAAUGAC